CAAAGAAGAAUCUAAUAAUGAAAUGCUAAUUAUGUUGCUAAUUAUCAUUAAAGCCUAUCUCCUAUUUCACCUAUAAAUAAUUAAUUGUCUAUCUAUCCUUAAUUAGUUCCGAAAAGCAUGGACUUCCUUGCAGGCUUCCCAACUAUUGGCCUUGUCGCCUUUCUCCUAUUUUUCUCAUGUUUAUUAAAAAUAUUGAAACAAAAAAUAUCCAAGAAGAAAAACCUACUCCCUCCACGACCUAACGGUGCAUGGCCUGUUCUUGGCCACCUUCCUCUUCUAAGAGGACCAAAGCAACCCCAUGUCAUCUUGGCUAACAUGGCUGAUAAGUACGGUCCCAUAUUUAGUAUCAAGACAGGAGUGCAUCGAUCUCUUGUUGUAAGUAGUUGGGAGUUGGCUAAGGAAUGCUUCACUACAAAUGACAAAGCUUUCGCCAACCGUCCGAAUUUUCUUGCCGCAGAGCUCAUGGGUUAUAACAGUGCCAUGUUUGGAUUUAGCCCCUAUGGCCAAUACUGGCGUGUGAUACGAAAGAUAGCCACAGUUGAGCUACUGUCGAACCACCGGCUUCAGUCAUUCAGGCACGUGAGAGAAUCAGAGAUAACAGCUGCUAUGAAUGGCAUAUAUCAGCUAUGGGAGGAGAAUAUUGAUUAUAAUAAAGCUGAUAUGGUGGUAAAGAUGAAGCAAUGGUUUGGAGACAUAACUUUAAAUGUGAUUUUCAGGAUUAUAGUAGGGAAGCGAUAUGUGAAUUAUUAUAUGACAUCGCUAGAAGAUGGGAAUGAUAGUGAUGAGUGGCGAGAGGCAGUGAACAAGUUCUUCGAGUUGUCCGGUAAGUACGUGCUGUCUGAUUCGCUGCCGUUUUUGAGAUGGCUGGAUCUUGGAGGAUAUCAGAAAUCUAUGAAGAAAACGGCUAAGGAGCUGGACGUUUUUGUGCAAUCUUGGUUAGAUGAGCACAAGUGCAAAAGAUCAUCAUCCGAAUGCAAUAAGAAAAGAGCUUCCGGCGCUAAGACAGAGGAAGACUUCAUGGAUGUAAUGUUGUCUCUACUUGAUGACUCUAAAGAGAUUUACAAUCGAGAUGCUGCUACUGUCAACAAAGCUACUUGCAUGGCUAUUAUUUUAGCAGCUUCAGAUACUACUAAAACUUCUUUGACAUGGACUUUGUCUUUAUUACUAAAUCAUUCGGAUGUCCUAAAGAAAGUGAAAGAUGAAUUAGACGUGAAAAUUGGUAAAGAAAGGCAAGUUCAGAAUUCGGACAUAAACAAUUUAACUUAUUUUAAUGCAGUGGUUAAGGAAGCAUUCAGGUUAUAUCCUGCAGCGGCAUUAUCAGUGCCACGUGAAAGUAACGAAGAUUGUGUUGUUGGAGGCUAUCAUAUUCCGGCAGGCACUCGCCUUUUCGUUCAUAUUUCGAAAAUUCAGAGAGAUCCACGCGUCUGGGAAAAUCCUUUAGAGUUUCAACCAGAAAGGUUCCUUACUACCCAUAAGGAUGUUGAUGUUAAGGGUCAACAUUUUGAGCUUAUACCAUUCGGUGCUGGAAGAAGAAUUUGUCCUGGAACCACUUUAGCUCUUCAAACUUUGAACCUAACGCUUGCUUCUCUUCUGCAUGCCUUUGAAAUUGAAACUCCAUUAGGGCAACCAGUUGAUAUGACUGAAAGCUCUGGUAUAACUAACCUCAAAGCCACUCCUCUCGAUGUUCUUCUUACUCCUCUUCUUCCUGCCCACCUUUACUAGAAAAUCAUGAUAUAAUAAAAUAAGAGAAACUAAAUAGUAGAGGUAUUUUUCCAUUUUUUGUGUGUUAUAAAGAGAGCUGUUUAGAAAUCUCUAUCUGUAAAUUAAUU